AUGACACCUUAUGGGGAGAAAUACUUUAAUUUCACAACUGCGGAGGAUAUCGCCAGCACGAAGCUGGAAAAAUUGUGGGCGCGAGAAAUCGAUUUCGUUCUGACAUUCGGCAAUCGGAUUUUCGAGGGUAAAAAGGUGACAUCUGCGGACUGGGAAACUGUUCUGGCAGCGAUGGAAAAGGGUCCAAGAGCGGAUUUCUUGAGGAGACUAUUCUUUCCGACCAAGGCAGACCACGAGGAUGGCAGUCUGACUGGCCUAUUAUCGUUAAACCAGAAAUGGUUCAACCAGUGGACACUGCCCCGCCUCGCAGGCGACACGUUCACUACAGGUUCAACUCAAGUGAACACCAGACGUCCCGGGUUCUUGACUAAUCUUUCCGAUGUCGAGUAUCAUAAAGUUUUCAUCAACAUGCAACAAAACCCCGGCCUAACCUGCCCCAGAUGGAGUGACUUUGUUCGAACGAACCGACUAAUAGCGCAUCCUAUGAAGAAAGUACUUCAACAUGUGAUCUAUUGGACGGAUCAGAGUUUCUCGUACCCCAGAUCGUCAUCCAACGCCCUGAAAAAUUGGGAUUGGGUAGAGGAACUAGGAAAGUCCGCCUUUAGAGCAGAGAUUAACACACGGCCAUGGAGGCAUGUUGACGAGGGAUCGACUGAUAUCCUACCAAAGGACGUUACCGUGGUGAAACAGCAGUUAAAACUACCAACCGAUAAAAAGCAGGUAAGUGUAGAGGGCGCCGAUCUCGAGGCCAUGUAUACGUACUUGGCACGCUUUGAGCAAAAGAAUUGGGCCGGAGUUGUGAAGUUGGUCGUGGGCUAUGCGGGCCCCUGCCUCAGGGGCGAGCUCUCCGCCUAUAAUGACCUUGACUAUUUGGCAAGAAACCUUCACAUUUCGUUUACUUCCUUCGGGCCACUGAACGUGAAAGCCAUCCGCAACCAGCUGAGUGAUGAGACUGAGCUAUUUUCCGCCAUGUUCUGUUACCGAGAGUUGGAAAAGGUUAUGAUCAGCACUUUGACGCACAGGUAUGGUGGGGGCUCAAAGAGGAGGUCGGAGCAGUUGUCCUUCCUCCUGGACAAGAAAGAGUGGGAGGUUGCCCGGGCAGAGCUUAUCGAGUACUCCAUGACCUUGAACCGGCGCGGCAUCAUGGUCAACGCGGACCAACUGAACAAGAGCUUAGAACGCCUAGCUCUCCCCACGCAUGCAAACCCGGUCGCUGAGGACGGAGAACCCAUCAUGGGAUUCCUGGAAAUGGAUCCUGAGAGUUAUGGCCUCGAGCAACAGGGAAAUACGGAGCGCCUGCAGGAGCUCCUAGCCCGUACAUUAGACAAGGAGAUCGAUAGCCUGUAG